AAUAUUUAUAUGUGUAUGUGCUGUGAGUGCGUGUGUGUGUGUUGGUUGUCGACUGUGUCGACGAUAAAUGUUUAUUACCGAAGUAGUGUGAAACUGUGAAUAUCGGUCUUCGCAGUGCUUCGCAAUAGCGAAUGAAAAAUGGCUAAUUGUCAGGCUCAAUUGUUAAACAGGAUAAUAAUUAUUUACAUGUAGCUGAAUAAAUGAAUAAUAAAUAAAUUAUUUUUUAAAAAACUACUGUUGAUUUAAAAAUAUACUCAAUGAGGACAAAUAAAGGCCAGGUGUGAUUAGCCAGGUUGGCAACGAGACACAGUGGCAUGGCUUCUGGUGCAUCAUCUCUGGACAGCGUUGAUAGCAGUGAUGGAACAUCCAACAUGGAACGGGAUAGUGGUGGAUACGGCAGUGUUGGAAGUCCAGUUGGUGGUUCCGAGUGUCGUAGUGAUUAUGAUGGUUCGCAAUGCGAUCAAACGCUGGAACUUCAAUUACUGAGACAUCAACAUUCAGAUACUGUUAGACGGUGUGAUUUUGCUCCUUGUAGAUGUGAGCAUACAAUAAAUGAAUUGGAAUAUUAUCGUGGACAACACAUGGUAGCAAUGAAUCAACUAGAAGCAACAUCACAAGAAACAUCCGCAUUACGUGGAAAAUAUAGUGAUUUAAUAAACGAUAAACAACGUUUAGAACGUGAAGUACAAUCAUUACAAAAAGAAAUAAAUGAAUUUCGUAAUCAAAAUCAAGAGGUACUUGUUACCGAUACAAAUGAUGCCGAAACAAUGACACAUCUUUAUAAAUCAGCAAUAAAAAAAUAUGAAGUUGUUAAAGAAGAAUAUGAUUCACUUAGAAAACGUUAUGAUGAUUUAAUUGCUGGUCAUUCAUCAGCAGUUAACAAGCUUGAACUUGCUGAAGAAGAAGUAACAAGAUUAAAAAAACAAUAUGAUGAUAUUGUACAAGAACGUAAUAGUGCAUUUAGAGAAAGAAAUGGUUUAAAACAACAAUGUACUGCAGCUUUACGUGAAUGGGAUAUUGCAUUACGUGAAAGAAAUGAAUAUCGUGAAGCAUUAUCAAAAGUACAACAACAACAUGAAGAAGCUGUUAAAGAAAUUAAUCAAGCAAUGAUGUUACGUAUGAAAGCAAGUAAAGAUAUGAAACGUUUAACUGAAGAAAGAAAUGCAGCAUUACAAGAAUAUAGUUUAAUAAUGGGUGAACGUGAUACUGUACAUAAAGAAAUGGAAAAACUUGGUGAUGAUUUACAACAAGCAUAUUCUAGAAUAACACAUUUAGAAAAUCAAAAUAAACAAAUUAAUGAUGAGAAAAAAACAUUGUCAUAUCAAACUGAAACAUUAAGACGUGAAAUAUCAUCAGCUCUUAAUGAUCGUGAUGAAGCACUUAAAGAAUGUAAUAAAUUACGUCUUAAAUUUGGUGAUUAUACUGAAUGUACAUCACGUGAUUAUAAAAAUCAUAUUGAAUUACAUUCAUAUAAUCAUGAAUGUGGUGAUGUUACAAAUAAAGAAGCUGAACGUGAAACAAAUACACGUGAUUAUGAAAAACGUAAAAAAGAAAGAAUGGAUGAUUUAGAUCAAGCAAAUUUAGAAUUAGAUAAAUUACGUAAAAUAGUUGAUACAUUACAAUUUCAAUUGGAUGAAGCAAUACCAGAUGCUGAAGUAUCAAAAAGACGUCGUGAUUGGGCAUUUAGUGAACGUGAUAAAGUUGUACUUGAACGUGAAUCAAUAAGAUCAUUAUGUGAUACAUUACGACAAGAAAGAGAUCGUGCUGUUAGUGAAUUAGCUGGUGCAUUAAGAGAUUCAGAUGAUAUUAAAAAACAAAAAAAUGAAGCAUUAAAAGAAUUGAAAAAUUUACGUGAAAUGAUAAAAUGUAAUAAUGAUUUUAAUUCAUUGCGUCAAUAUCAAUAUGGUUAUAAUGAAAAUGAUGUUACUGAAUGGGAUUUAUUAACAAUACAUAUUGAUUUAACAAGAUUAUAUCAAGAAUCAAAUGAUUUUGGUUUUUUAUUAGUUGGUGGACGUGAUGAUCCACAUUAUCCAAAUGAUACGGGUAUUUAUGUUGCUCAAAUUAAUCCAGGUAGUUCACUUGAUGGUAAGUUACGUAUUAAUGAUUGUAUAUUACGCGUAAAUAAUAUUGAUUGUACCUCAGUAACAACACGUAUGAUAUUAGAAACAUUACGUUCAUCAAAUGUUGGUACAGCAUCAUUGACAAUUAGAAGACGUAGAUGUACAAGUAAAUUUUUACGUACAACACAAUUAUCAAUUGGUAAUAUAUCACAUGGUAUAACACUUGAACUUGGUAUUUAUAUAUCAAAAUUAUCACCAGGUAGUUUAUCAGCUAAAAAUGGUAAUCUUGCUGUUGGUGAUAGAGUAUUAAAUAUUAAUGGUAAACCAAUGGAUAAUGUUGGAUCAUUACAUGAAGCUGUAUCAAUAUUAAAUGAUAAUACAAUUGAUGUAUUAACAAUAACAACAUUAAAAGGUAUACCACCAUUACCUUUAUUAUCAAAUAAUGAUACAACAACAACAACGACAAUGACAACAACAACAACAACAACAUCAUCUUCAUUAUCAUCAUCACCAAUACAAUUUAAUUCAGAUAAUAAUAAACAAAAAAUGGUUAAUAAUUAUUCACAAACAGAACAAGAAAGAAUGAUGCUCAAAGCAACAUCUGAUGAUUAUGAAAGACGUUAUAUUGCAUCAAAUAUUGGUGAUAGAAGUAUAUAUAAAGUAUCAAAAUCUGUUAGUAGUGAAAAAUCAAGUGGCAUUAGUCAUGCAUGGGAUAAUAUUAGAGAAAAAAUUGAUAUUGUACGUGGUCGUCGUAAUAGUAAAGAUCGUGAAGAUAAAAAAAAACGUAAUCAUAGAAAUACAAGCCCAAAUACAUUUGAACAAGAACAAGAUGCAAUUGCUGAAUUAGAUUCAGUUAUUGAUAGUUAUCAUAAAAAGACAAAUAACAAUAAUAAUAAUAAUGGUGUAUUAAAAAGAAGUAAAAGACGUGGUACAGCAACAACAUUAUCAUCAUUAUCAUCAACAACGUCAUCAUCAUUAGCAGCCGGGGGAGCAACAACAACGACAGCAACAAGUGGUAUUAGUGGUGGUUUAACAACAUUAUCAAUUACAAAUGAUAAUAAUAAAAUUGAAAAAAAUGGUGGUACAUGGCCAAAAACACGUGGUGGUGGUCCAAUAAUACAAAAUGGUACCGGUACUAUUAUUUAUCCAAGAAGAACAAAAGAACGACCACUAUUAAGUGUACUACCAAAUAAUCCACCAAAAUAUGAUAGUUUUGGUUAUAAUAAAAUAUCAAAUCCAGUACCACUAUCGUCAUUUACAAAUGUAAGCAAUCGUCAUACUGUUUAUAAAGCAAUGGAAACACCAUUGCAAAAUUUUAGUAAAUUAUUUGGACAAAAAUCAUUUAUACCACAAAUUCAAUUUAAGGAUAUAGCUAUGGAGAAAAAAUCAGUUAAUGAUUUUGAUACAUCAGCAACAUCGGCUACAUCAACAACUGAUGGACGUUCUGUUGGUAGUCAUACACCAUCAGAAACAAGUAUUGAUUAUUCAAUAAUUAAAUCGGGUAAUAUUGGUGAAUAUGGUCAUACUAAACGACGUGUACAAAAACAACAACAACAACAAUAUAGUUCUGGCAGCAAUGAAUUGACAGCACAAGAUUCAUUACAACAUAAUCGUACACAUUCACAAUUAUAUCCGUCAGUUGCAUCGUCAUCAUUAUCAUCGACAACAACAACAACAGCAAUAAAUCAACCGAGACAACAAUUGGCUGGUAAUUUUUCAUUUCCCCCAUUUACACAUACGCAUCCGCACCCACAUCAGCAUCAACAAAUAACAUUAUCAUCAUCACGUUAUCCAUCACCAUCAUCACUACCGUCAGCACAAUCUGGUGAAUCAAUUGGUUUACCUGAUACACGUUCAUAUUGUUUUGAGCCAACCUAUAAUCCUUUAACCCAAUUAUGUGGUCAUAAUCAUACACCAUCAAUGGAUUUAUAUUAUAAUAAAUCACGUAUACCACAUCAUCCAGUUGGUGUUGCAUAUGAUGUACCAACAUCAUAUAUACAUGGUUAUGAAGGUGGUACAUUUCCACGUAAAAAAGAAAAUCAAAGAUUUCGUAUACCAUCAAAUCCAAGUGUGACAUCUAAAAAUAGUGUUGGUAAAUUAUCAACUGGUUCAAUUGAAAGAACAUCUGAUCGUGGUAGUCCAAUGCCAACAUUUCAUGUUGAAGUAUUAAGUCCUGGUACUGGUAGUGGUAAUGGUGGUAAUAAUUCAGGUGGUGGUAAUGUUAGAUGUGGUAAUAAUAAACGUUUAAGUAUGCCUGAUUAUUGUUAUAAUCAACCAACACCAGCACCCGGUGAAUUAAGAAGAGUACAUAUUGAUAAAUCAGUUGAACCACUUGGUAUACAAAUAUCAUGCUUGAAAAGUGGUGGUGUAUUUGUAUCAACUGUUAGUGAGCAUAGUUUGGCAUCACAGGUUGGCUUACAAAUUGGCGAUCAAUUACUUGAGGUCUGUGGUAUUAAUAUGAGAAGCGCAACAUAUCAAUUAGCUGCAAAUGUACUUAGACAAUGUGGUAAUUCAAUUACAAUGUUGGUCCAGUAUAGUCCAGAUAAAUACAACGAAACUGAAGGUUCAGGUUCAUCAAGUUCAUCAGAAGCUGGUGGUGAAGAGGCUGCAAGUCGUAGUGGUUCACCAACACCUUGCAAUAGCCCAGAAGUACCACGUAAAUCAACAAUUGAAAAUGAUGAAUCAACUGAACCAGAACGUGAUACAACAAAUACAUUAAUGCCACCAGUUAUACGUGAACGUGAAGUACGUAGUUCAGCAUCAAUGGAAGUACGUGGUACACAAGAACGUGAACGUGAAAUACGUAAUUCAGCAUCACUUGAUAUUAAUAUACGUAAACCUGAAUUACGUAAUUCAGCAACACUUGAAAGUAUGAGAAAUUCAAUGACAAUUGAUUCAUUACGUAGUGGUACAUUAACACGUGGACAAAUAAAUCAAGCAAUAACAACAUUACAACGACAAAAUGCAACAGUACGUAGUCCAACACAAGAAGAACAACAACAAAAUCGUACAAAAAUUCCACCAACAAUUGAGCCACGUUAUUUAUUUAUUGAAACACGUAAAUGUUCAAAUUUAGGUAUAUCAUUAGUUGGUGGUAAUGGUGUUGGUAUAUUUGUACAUUCAGUACAAUCUGGUUGUUUAGCUGAAGAUGCUGGUUUAUGUACUGGUGAUAGAAUACUUGAAUAUAAUGGUGUUGAUUUACGUCAAGCAACUGCUGAACAAGCAGCACUUGAAUUAGCACGACCAGCUGAUAAAGUAACACUAGUCGCUCAAUAUAUGCCUGAUCGUUAUAAUGAAGUUAAAGAUAAACCAGGUGAUAGUUUUUAUGUUAAAGCAAUGUUUGAUCGUAUUGGUGAAAUUGGUGAUAGUUUACAAUUACGUUUUAAUAAAGAUGAUAUAUUGUAUGUUGAUAAUACAAUGUUUAAUGGUACACCUGGUCAUUGGCGUGCAUGGGUAGUUGAUCAAUCUGGUAGACGUCAUCAAUGUGGUAUUAUACCAAGUAAAUUUAAAAUUGAAGAAGAAUUAUUAUUAAGAAGAUCACUUGGUGAUUUAGAAACAGAUAAUAGUAGAAGAGGUACAACAAGUGCUAGAAGAAGUUUUUUUAGACGUAAAAAACAUCAUAGAUCAUCAAGUAGAGAUAGUAAAGAUUUAUCACAAUUAACAAGUGUUAAUAUGGGAUGGUACAGUGAUAGUGGUACACUUAAUGAAGAUAAUUUACCAGCAAGUUAUCAAAGAGUUGAAAGACUUGAUUAUCCAACAUUAAGACCAAUAUUAAUUGUUGGACCAUUAAAUGAAUGUGUUGCUACAAAAUUAUUACAAGAAUUUCCAGGUGAAUAUAUUAAAUGUUUACCAGAAGCAAUGCAUUGUUCACAAGCAACACUUGAUCAAGGCUUGAGAGAUUCACUUUAUGUUGAUUAUAGAAAAAAAGGAAGUUAUUUUGAGUGUACUACUGUACAGGCUGUGAAAGAUAUUUGUGCUAAGAAUUCACAUUGUAUUUUGGACAUUUCAAUUGCAUCAAUUGAACGACUUCAUCGUCAUCAAAUAUAUCCAAUUGUAUUAUUGAUUAAAUUUAAAAGUACUAAACAAAUAAAAGAAGUCAAAGACUCAAGAUAUCCAAGUGACAAAAUAAGUGCCAAAGCUGCUAAAGAAAUGUAUGAACAUGCAUUAAAAUUGGAAACUGAAUAUAGGCAAUUUAUUUCCGCUGUGAUCCCGGCAGAGGCUAAUAUGAUUUAUCUUUGUAAUUCAAUUAAAACUGAAGUUGAUCAAGAGCAAAGCAAAGCGUUAUGGGUACCUCGAGGACCCACCUGACAUCACCGGGGGGGUCCCCAUAAGCCACAGUGGAAGUCAAUUUAAAUCCACCGGGGGAUCCUUGCGUCUUACAAAACAUCUCUACAACUGGAGACAACAAUAUCGUUCGUGUUUAUAAUUUUUUAUAUAAAUUUUUAUUUAUUUAUUUACAUUUUAUUUUAUUUUUUAACGAAACACACUAUUAUAUUGUUUGUCUUUUAUUAUUAUUAUUAUUUCACGGUCAUACUGUUAUUUAUUUAUUUUAAAUUUAUUAUUCAAAUUUUAUCUAUCAACGUUCUAUUUGUUUUUUUUUAUUAUUAUAUAUAUAUAUAUAUCUUUGAAAGAAUUGAAAAAAAAAUUUAUUUUAUAAUAAAAUGUUAUGCAGCAAGUGAAGGAGAAUAAUUAUCGGCGUAUUUUUCCGAUAAUUUUUGAGCUUAUAAAACAAAAUGGGAACAGUUUUUAAAAAAAUUACAAGACCGUAGAAUAAUAAUCGUGGUAAGUCGCGGAUUUCUUAGAUACGAAAAAUUAAAUAUUAAUAUUGAAACGUCGGUGGAGGAUUUAAGGAAUUGACAAACUGAGCUUUUUAAAAUAGUCGAAGUAAUUAAUUUUAAAUAAUAUUUUAUUUCUUUAAAGAAAUUUAAUAAAAAUAUCAAUGAGUUGAAAACUCAAAAAUUUAUUUUACGAAAAAAAAUUUAUAAUAAUAAUUAAGAAAAAAUAUUUUCUUUAUCUCGUACAAUGAUAAAUUUAUUUAAAAAAUUAGGAAAAAAAAAAAAAAUUGUUAAAAUUUAUAUACGUCGUCUGGAAAACGAGAGUAUUUCGUAUGUUAAUUAAAUUAUUGUUGAAAUGAGAUACUCAACAAAGCAUUUGACGAAAAAAAAAAAAAAUAAUGUUUGAACAUUAAAUUAGUUUUAUUAUAUAAAUAAAUUUGAGAAUAUUAAAAAAAAAAUAAUAAAAAUAAAAUGUUUUAUUUUAUAAUCAGAGACAAUAUUAAGACGUAAGUUAAUUUACUGAGACCAAAAAUUAAGGGAAUAUACGAAAGCAUAGGAUUAACAAUUAGAUUUAAAAAAAAAAAAAAAAAAAAAGUUGAACAUUUUAUUGGCAGCACAUAAGCAGUAGUAGUACUGCAAAAAAUUAAAAUAAAGUAAAACAAAAAAAAAGGAAGAAAAAUAAAACGUGAUAACUAAAUAUAAUAAUUGUAAAAAAAGAAAAAAAAUAUCAAGUGUGAAAAUAGAAAGGCGCAAAAGAGACUUGUAAAAAAAAAAUAAAUAAAUAAAAAAUGAAAGGAAAUACAAUUUACAAAAAAAAACCGUGAUUCCGAUAAUAUUCUCAAUCACAUCACUGUGAUAAAUUUUUACUGCUUCAAUAUCAUAAAAAUCUUCCCAAUUAUUAAUUAUGAUAAUUAUAUUUUUAUCCCGAAAUGCAAUAAUUUUUUUGAAAUAUAUUAUUUCUCGCAAUAAAAAAAAAAAAAGUAAUAAACGUCAUCAGAUUGAACUGGUACUUUGGUUUUGAAUAGACACUGUUGUUGAAUUUGAAUAAACUGAUUGUUAAAAUAUUUCAUUAAAAAAGCAAAUAAUAUUUUCUAUGCUUUUUAUUUUAUCUGUUGAAAAAAUUAAAAAUAAAUUCAAGUGGAGGACGUGGUAAUAUUAUGCAUCUAUAAGACAAUAACUUCAAUGCAAAAUCGAGAAUAAUUGUUUAUUUUUUUGGAUCAUUAAUUGAAUUUUUAGAAUAAAUCAAAGUAAUUAUUAUUAUUUUUACUAGCAUUGAAUUGAUAUUUAAAUUUUGUUUGAAUUAAGAAUUAAUUAUUCUCGAUUAAAAUUGAUUUAUUGUCUCUAGUUGUUUAAUGAUAAUUAGUAAAAAAAGAAAAAUAAUCAUCAACAAUUCCAUUUAAAAAAUGCACAGUAAUAAUAACCGUAAAUAAUAAUUAAUUAAUCAGUAUAAAUAAUAAAAUGUUAAUAAUAAAAAAUUGCCAAUUUCUUCACACAUAUCACCACUUUUGCCGGCGAAAGUAUUGUUGAUAACAAAAAAAAAGAAAAAAAAAACAUAUUCUACGCAUUUGUAGGCAUUAUCUUUCUCUGUCUGUCCAAUAUUCGUCCAUGUAUAUAAAAUGAUGAAACAUUUAUUGAUCAUCAUUUUUAAACUCAACUAAUAAACUAAUCAAUCUAUAUACAAAAAUAUAUAUUAAUCAACGACUAUUUUUCAUUACUGUAAUAAUUUUUUUUUUUGUUUUUUCAAAUUGUUGGUUAUCGAGAAUAUUAUUCUCAAACAAUCUUAUCGCUCGCUCAAAAUAAAACAGUUGUGCUUAGUCCCGUUGGACUAAAUAUAUA